GCUGUGAGGAAGGACCGCAAGGGGCGUGGGCGGCGGCUCCUGCGUGCAGGCGGGUACCGUUCUUCCCAGGCAGCAUGGCGGAUACAGCGCCUCAGCUUAAGAGAAAGCGCGAACAGGAGGCAGAGGAGGCAGAAACCCCUGGCACAGAGGAGAAGGAAGCAGGCGUUGGCAAUGGUACCUCUGCCCCUGUCCGCUUACCGUUCUCCGGCUUUAGAGUACAAAAAGUGCUGAGGGAGUCUGCGCGGGACAAAAUUAUUUUCCUGCACGGGAAGGUGAAUGAGGACUCUGGGGAUACUCAUGGAGAAGAUGCGGUUGUCAUCCUGGAGAAGACACCAUUUCAGGUGGAGCACGUGGCGCAGCUCCUAACGGGGAGCCCUGAGCUCAAGCUGCAAUUCUCCAAUGAUAUCUACAGCACCUAUAACCUGCUUCCUCCACGGCAUCUGAGUGAUAUAAAAACAACCGUGGUGUACCCUGCCACAGAGAAACACCUGCAAAAGUACAUGCGUCAGGACCUCCGCCUGAUCCGAGAGACCGGAGAUGACUACAGGAACGUCACCCUACCCUACCUGGAGUCCCAGAGCCUCAGCAUCCAGUGGGUCUAUAACAUCCUUGACAAGAAGGCUGAAACUGACCGGAUUGUUUUUGAGAACCCAGAUCCUUCCGACGGCUUUGUCCUCAUCCCAGACCUCAAGUGGAACCAGCAGCAGCUUGACGACCUGUACUUGAUUGCCAUCUGCCAUCGCCGGGGUAUCAGGUCACUUCGAGAUCUCACUCCAGAGCACCUGCCACUACUGAGGAACAUUCUCCGGGAAGGACAGGAAGCCAUCCUGAAGCGCUACCAGGUGACGGGAGACCGCCUGCGAGUGUACCUGCACUACCUGCCCUCCUACUAUCACCUGCAUGUACAUUUCACUGCUCUGGGCUUCGAGGCUCCUGGCUCAGGUGUGGAGCGGGCACACCUGCUGGCUGAAGUGAUCGAGAACCUGGAGUGUGACCCCAAGCAUUAUCAACAGCGAACUCUUACUUUUGCCCUCAGGACCGAUGACCCCCUGCUUCAGCUCCUGCAGAAGGCCCAGCAACCCUGAGUUGCUGAGAGUGUCUGAAGAGAGAGGAACUAGUAGAUCAGGCUUGGGGUAGUGUGGGUUUUUUAUCUCUAAGGGAUUUUCCUAAAAAUGUAUUUUGUAGUUUCUUGGCCUUUCAGCAAAGGUCAAGUGUAAGAUUUUUUUUUUUUUUUUUUGUACUAGUUUAUUCCUCACAUGAGAAUAAAGAUCUUUAUUGGUGAGGA